CAGUCAGGCAGGCAGGCACACGGCCAGUGUGUGUGUGUCUCGCGCCGGACAUACACACACUUACAGUACAGCACAGCACAGCACAGCACACACACACGCCGACACACACACGCUGAUACACACGGAAACUGGACCCCCGCGUGCCGGGUAGAUCCAUACACACACACACACACAGGAACACUAAAAGGCCGAUAUUCGUACGACAGGACUUGGAGUUUGGGAUAUACACACCUCCUCCGGCUUGGAUACGGCAGACCAUACAAAGGAGAGAGCUCAUCCAGAGAUUCAUCCUGAAGUGUCCUCCAGAGGAAUACCACAGCCUGAGACCUUUCAGACGCGCUGUAGAGCAGCACGACAGGAGUAGCAGUUCUCCAGGACCACGCUCCACAGGAGUACGAGAAGGAGGAGCACCAAAACGCCCUUCAGGAUUGAAUAUUCCAGAGGCGUACAAGGAGAGGAAAACCACCACAGACUCCUGCAGGAUUCUAGAAUUCUGCAAAGGGUUCCACAGUUCCACAGCGUUCUAGAGUUCUGAAGGGUUUUAGAAUCCUCUGCUCCCCCCGUUGCUGGGAGAUGGGGAGGCGGGCUCUAGUCCUCCUGCUGGCCCUGCUGGUUCUGGGCGGAGCCGAGAGCAGGAGGGGGCGUGGUGACCGCGGUGGCGAGGGCCGUGGCGGCGAGGGUCGUGGAAGAAGGGCCAGAGCACGACAAGUCGCCAAGCGGCAAGUCGGCGCCAGUGGCGGUGCGAUGGCGGCGUCUGACUGCAAGGAGUACACGGAGAACGGCGAGAAGUACCUGGACUGCCAGGACCGCGGGCUCACCUCCAUCCCGCAGGGCUGGCCCACGGACAUCCAUCACCUGCUGCUGGCACGCAACAAGCUACAGGUGCUGCGCGCCGGCACCCUGUCUCACCUGAAGCAGCUGCGCAGCCUGGACCUGCAGCAGAACACCAUCGCGCGCAUCGACGACGACGCCUUCGAGGGGCUCCCCCAGCUGACCACGCUGCUGCUGCAGCACAACCGUCUGCGCUCGCUGAGCGAGGAGGUGCUGAUCUCGCUGCCGUCGCUGCGCUACCUGCGGCUCUACGCCAACCCCUGGCAGUGCGACUGCCAGCUGGACGGCCUGGUGCGCACGCUGCAGGUUCCCUCCAAUCGUCAGCUGGGCAACUUCGCCAAGUGUGACGAGCCGCAGAGUAUCCGCGGCCACAAGCUGAAGAAGCUGAAGGCCGACCUGCUUUGCGAGCCGCCGCCGCCGGACACGGGCUCCGUGGUGACGUAUCCCCCGGCAACAGGAGGGGGAGGGACGGGGACGGGGGGAGGAGUAGUCCCGAGGCCGCCGAACAUCUUCAAACCGCAAGACGCCACCAGUCUCUGCCACACCUACAUCUACCCCACGCCACUGCUCACCUGCAACGGCCGAGACCUGAAGUACGUCCCUGCUGACAUCCCGCCCGACAUCGUGAAGAUGGACCUCUCGGCCAAUGGGAUCCAGCGCCUGAAACCACAUGACUUCCUGACGGCCAAGGACCUCAAGGCGCUCAACCUCAGCAGCAACAGCCUGGAGAGCAUCGCGCCAUCUGCGUUUGCGGGCCUGCUGUACCUGCGCGAGCUGGACCUGUCCAACAACAGCCUGCAGUACUUCCAGUACGGCGUCCUCGAGGACCUCUAUUUCCUGAAACGCCUCCACCUAGAGGGCAACCCGUGGCGGUGCGACUACAGCAUCCACUACCUGAUCUACUGGCUGCGUCACCAUCCGGGCGUCUCGCACUCCGGCCUGCGCUGCAGCGAGCCGGCCGAGUUCGCCGGUUGGCUGGUGGAGGAUUACGUCAAGACCUACAACGCGGACUGCCCCAAGGAUAAGGGAUACGGCGGCGGCGGCGGAUUGACCAAUCAGGGACAGGGGCGCGGGGAUAAUGGAGUCGGAGAGACCAAUCAGGACACGGCUGCCCAGGAGCUGAGGGCGGAGACGGAGGAGGCGGAGGGCGGGGCCGGAUUGUUGCCCAGCCCGCUCAGGAUGCCUGGACGCAAGCCGGCCUUCGAGAUCAUACGCCUCAGCUAACACACACACACACACACACACACACACACACACACACACACACACACACACACACACACACUCGUGCGUGCGCAUGCACAUGCACACACAAGCUGGCCUUCGAGAUCAUACGCUCAGCUAACACACACACAGCACACACGCACACACGCACACACACACACACACACACACACACACACACACACACACACACACACACACACACAUGCAUAUACGACAGAUCCCCAAAUCACACACACUUCUCACACAUAAACAGUAAACCACACACACACAUGCAGACCUCCAAGCAAUACAGAUACUAAUGCAGUAGAAUCCAGGGAUGGAACGCUUCAUGGAAAAAGGAUUUGCGUGCCUUGGUUCAGGACAUGUGGGCAUCAUUGUAAUGGCUUAUAGAGCCUCUGUAAAGUUCUUUGAAGCCCACUUCCACUAACCACAAUGUGGGCAUCAUUGUAGCAGCUUACCUACCUGAAUAUAACUAGGAUUAAAACCAAAUCUCAAGCCUGUCGAAAGCCAUUAUCAAGCAGGUUGACCCUUAAUUAACUAAGAUGAAUUGCGAACUCCACAAGCAAUGUGGGUGAUCUAGGCCAAGAUUUUUUCUUCUCAUUUCACUUCUUGACAAAGUAUAGCUAAAGCUGGCAAUGCAUUUGCAACGCAUUUAACUUAUUUGGCAUGCUAGCUAGCUUGCAAUGACUAAUUAGUGUGCAAUUAGCUUUUCAUGGUCAUUAAACUGGUAAAUGUUCAUAUUCAUUUGUAAAUAUUGCACCAAAGGUAAGGUGAAAUUGGAUAGAGACGGUGGUACACACUAAUUUAAUGGUG